GUUUGAAUGUUACUUUUUCUCGUUUAACGCCGACAAUGGUCAACUGCAGAGAAGCUACAUGCCGUUGAUAUGCUGGGAAAAGCUGGUGGUAAUAAAGACGUCAAAAAAGGAAGGUUGCUCAAGAUAUCAAUUAUCUCAAUGGGUGAAACAAAAAGAAGAUCUUAUUCAACUGUCAAAGCGAAACCAUGGUGAGUUUUGUUCUUCUACCCAUGAUGACAUCGAUCUCGCUUACAUCUCUGAUUCUUUCUUACUUUGACUGAUUAUAGGACGCAAACGAAAACAUCUUCCCGGUGCUGGACACAAGCUACAGUACCCCGAACUCGAUAAGUUGCUUCUCGAAUGGUUCCGGGAACGUCGUACUGGUCCUGUCAUUCAGUCAAAUGUAUCUACAAUGACAACAUCGAUCGUCGUUAAACGAGAAAAAGUAACAUUCAAACAAUUACAACGACGUGGCAAACAACUUUGUAUCGAACUCAAGCAUGAGCAUCCACCAUCGACGAAGUGGUAUGGUCGAUUCAUGCGCCGCCAUCGUCUCUCCCUGCAAAAACCAAAAAGACAACAGAAGGUGCCACUCAAUGAGGCUCAUCUACUUGUCAAUUCAUUUCAUACAUAUAUCAGGCGUGCUAGUACAUGGGCUCCAAAACGUGGUGCUAUGGGUGCCUUCUUACCUCGUGACGUGGUAAACAUGGACGAGAUUUUCAAGAGUGAGAAAGUCAUAUCGAGGUGUCAUAUGUUUCAUUUUCAUAAGUGGUUGACCCAAAACCAAGCGUUGAAGUCUUGGGGACUUAAAGGAUGUCCUCUUUCAGAUGGCGCAAGGCGUGUACAGGAUUUACUUUCCGAUGAUUAG